GGAUGCUGCCAUUUUGAUGGUGGAGUAUGAUGAGAAGAGGUGUCACCAUUUUGACAUGGAAUGAAGACUCCUUCACAAUGGAUAUGGACAAUGCUGAACAGUAUGCUAGCAACAGAGGGGAACAACAGAAUGUGGCAAUGGACCUUAUAAACAAGUAUGUCCAGUGGCAGGAGGGUGACCUUGUACUUGAUGUAGGGUGUGGCACAGGAGAGGUCACUAAGUUCAUGGCCAAACAGACAGGGGUCAAGGCUGUGGUGGGAUUUGACCUGUCAGAAAACUUUAUCCGUUUUGCUACAGAGCACAAUUCUACGGAAAACACAUCAUUUUACGUUGCCGAUGCGUCCGAUCCCGCGGCCAUGAGACCAGAGUGGAAGGGUUUCUUCACCAAAGCCACCUGCUUCACCAUGCUGCACUGGAUCCAAGACAAGCGCACCUGUAUGCAAAACAUCUGCAGCUGUUUGCAGCCAGGUGGCCAGCUGGUUGUCAACUGUCUACUGGACACUGCAGGUGUCAGCGAUAUUGACCUCCCCAACUGGAGGCACUACCUAAAGGAUUUUGAGUACAAUCUCUACCCAUGGCCUAGCGACAACAUCAAGGGCAUGCAGUCUCUACUAGAGGAGUGUGGCUUCAAGGUCAACCAAUGUCAAGGUCAUCCGGGUCCACCACAGGACGAACCAUUAGACGAGGAGGGGUGGAAGGGCGUGCUGCGUCCAGUCUUGUCCCAGUUGAAGUACAUACCAGAGGAAAAACAUGACGACUAUCUUGCGGAAUACUCCAGAGCUGUCAUGAAGAGGGUAGAGGAACAGAAAGGACAACCUGAGCAAGUUGUGGCUCACGCAUAUAAAAUCUAACUCUAAAAGUAGAAGGGCUAGGGGUGGGUACGAGUUCUGAAAAUUCAGUAUAGGUCCAGUUCAGGUCCAGGUCUGGACGGACCUGACUGUGCAAACUUUUGAAUGGUAGUUUCCAAGCAGAUCCUACGGUAGCAUAAGAUAGUAAUAAAUAGUAUCAAAAGCUGACAGAGGAGUGAAGCCAGCCUAGGAGAGUGUAUCGUCUGACUCCUUUUGGCCGGCUAUACUCCUUGGCCAGCUUUGAUACUACAGUAUCUGAUGGCUCUAUAGAAUCUGCUUGGAUAUUAGUGAAUUGGCGAUUCUCAAAACAAUGGUUUGCUUUGCUACAAAGGAUUCUGUUUGGUACAGUAUCCAACUCCCACUUAAAAUCAUAUAUUAAUAUGAACUGUGUUAACUGCCUCUGUUAACUUAGACCACAUUUGACAGUAGGUAGAGCUUCUGACUGGAGUUCUGCUUCUAUUAUAUGUAUAGCCCAGUUAGCUGGCACUCUUAUUGUACAGCAAGAACACAAUCCAAAGAUAUUAGCUUCAUAUAUAUAGCUAUGAGAAAUACUAUCCCAGCAGAGGGUCGGCUCAAGUUUUUUUUUUUUAAACGUUUUUAGACAUUCUUCUUAGCUGGCGGAUAUGAAUAGAUAGUACACCUAAAACCACAGCCGAAGCCAAACUUCUACUUGGAGGAUAGGUGAGAAUCAAAACUCCAGUAAAAAGCACUGAGAAAGAUGUCUGAUAGACAUCGAAAUGUAAGCAGGCAAGAGAAAUAAAACUCAAAUAUCCUAUAUUCUACCAGCUGAUGAAAUUACUAGUAUUCUUGGAUGAAAUAAUACAUGUAUUGAAUUCAAUGAAACGACUAAGCACCGGUAUAUGAGAAUUUAUUGUCAAAAUAUCACAAUCAAGUUUUGCUUACAAAGGUAAACAUGUUGAACAGAGAAGAAAAGUACAUGUAGUGUGUUACUCUCCAAAUACCUCGAGUUACAACAUCAAGAUAUAGAAGGUACCAAACGACAUUGGUACACAUACUGUAACGUAG